GCACCGCACCAGGGAAAGAAACGAGAGGUGGAAAAAUGAUCUCAAAGACAUGGAAAAUUGGGGCUCUCUUGCCAAUUCUUGUAUCUGUUGCUGUUCUCUUCCUUGAUAUCCUUUUCAAGCUCUCUGCAAACAGAUGCAGUCUUUACCCUCAUAGCCAUUAUUGGAUAGCUAGCAAGCGUAUUGUAACCCCCAAAGGAAUCAUAUCGGGUACAGUUGAAAUAAAAGGAGGAAGAAUAGUAUCCGUGCUUGAAGAAGAACAUUGGCAAAAGAGUGUCAAGAGUCUGCAAGUUAUAGAUUAUGGGAAUGCUGUGAUCAUGCCUGGUUUGGUUGAUGUGCAUGCCCAUCUUGAUGACCCUGGAAAGGAAGAAUGGGAAGGAUUUCCUUCAGGGACAAGAGCUGCUGCGGCUGGUGGGAUUACAACACUGAUCGACAUGCCUCUUAAUAGUGUUCCAUCUACUGUUUCUGAAGAAACUCUUGGACUUAAGCUCCAGGCUGCAGCAGGAAGGAUAUAUAUUGAUGUUGGUUUUUGGGGAGGUCUGGUACCAGAAAAUGCCUUCAAUGCAAGUUCUCUGGAGGGUCUCCUGAAGGCAGGAGCUCUUGGCCUGAAGUCCUUCAUGUGUCCGUCUGGAAUUAAUGACUUUCCUAUGACGAAUAUAAGCCAUAUUAAGGAAGGACUCCUUGUAUUGGCAAAAUACAGAAGGCCUCUACUUGUGCAUGCAGAAAUUCCACAAGAUGAUGCAGGUUACUUGGAAAGCAAAGAUGGUCGUGACAAUCCUAGAUCUUAUGAUGUAUAUCUUCAGUCAAGGCCUGCUUCUUGGGAAGAAGCCGCUAUUAAGGAUCUUUUAACUGUAUCAAAAGACACAAGAACAGGUGGCCCUGCAGAAGGGGCUCAUCUUCACAUUGUUCAUCUGUCAGAUGCAAGAUCUUCAUUUGAGCUCAUUAAGGAAGCAAAGAAAAGUGGCGACAGCAUGACUGUUGAAACUUGCCCCCACUAUCUAGCUUUUUCAGCUGAAAAGAUCCCAGAUGGAGACACUCGCUUUAAGUGUGCUCCACCCAUUCGUGAUGCUGCAAAUAAAGAAAAGCUGUGGGCAGCUUUGAUAGAUGGGGAUAUUGACAUGUUAAGCUCAGACCACUCACCAUCAGCACCAGAACUCAAACUUUUCAAUGAAGGUGAUUUCUUGAGGGCAUGGGGCGGCAUAUCUUCUUUGCAGUUCGUACUUCCUGCGACUUGGUCAUAUGGGCAGAAAUAUGGAAUUACACUCGAACAAUUAGCUUCAUGGUGGAGUGAAAAGCCUGCUAAACUUGCUGGCUUAAGUUAUAAGGGAGCAAUUUCAAUUGGCUAUGAAGCAGAUUUUGUGGUAUGGGAACCAGAAGUGGAAUUUGACCUUGAUGAGAACCAUCCUGUAUAUCAUAAGCAUCCUACUAUCUCGGCGUACAUUGGAUCUAGACUCUCAGGAAAAGUUUUGGCUACCUUUGUGAGGGGAAACCUUGUUUACAAUGAAGGAAAGCAUGCUCUUGCGUGUGGUUCCCCAAUCCUUGCAACACUAUAAGGAAAUCGUACCUUUGGAUUCUAUCUCUCCUUGUAUUCAAACAGGUGCUCUCCUCUUCUUGAUGUCCUUCAAAGUGUCAAUUUCCUGGUGCAGUUGGAGGAAAAAAUAGAUUUCUGUAUCGAUUGUAAGUUUUCAGUAGUGCUUGACAGAGCUAGUGAGGAGUUGGAGCUUAUUAGGUCAGAAAGGAGGAGGAAUAUGGACAAUCUGGAAUCCAUGCUGAAGCAAACAGCAACCCAGAUGUUUCGGGCUGGUGGAAUUGACAGACCAUUGGUUACCAAACGUCGAUCAAGGAUGUGUGUGGCAGUUAGAGCUUCCCAUAGGUCGCUGCUCCCAGAUGGCGUUGUUCUAAAUGUUAGCAGCUCAGGAGCAACAUAUUUCAUGGAGCCUAAGGAGGCCAUUAACUUGAACAAUGAAGAAGUGAGGCUAUUAGAUGAGGAGAAGCUCGAGGAACGUGUGAUCUUAAGCCUACUAACAUCUGAGAUUGUGCAAUCAAAUUCAGAGAUAAAGUAUUUACUGGACAGAAUAUUGGAUUUAGAUCUUGCAUUCGCUAGAGCUGCUCAUGCGAAAUGGAUCAAUGGGGUUUGUCCAGUUCUAAGUUCAGAAAGUUUUGGGAAAUCUGGACUGAGUUCUUUAUUAGUAGACAUUCAAGGCAUACAACAUCCUUUGCUGCUAGCACCCUUUUUGACAAAAUUGUCUGAUCUUGUUCCAUCUGAAUCCAGAAACUCAGCUAAAUUGUAUCAAAGGAAUGACUUCUCCAAUUCCAAAACAGUUUCUCCUGUUCCUGUUGAUAUCAAGAUUGGGUAUAAUAUAAAAGUCGUCAUAAUUUCGGGACCUAAUACGGGUGGCAAAACUGCAUCCAUGAAAACUCUAGGACUAGCUUCCGUUAUGUCAAAAGCUGGCAUGUAUUUGCCUGCUCAGGACAAUCCGCAGCUGCCGUGGUUUGAUUUGAUUCUGGCAGAUAUUGGAGAUCAUCAGUCGCUCGAACAAAGUCUCUCAACUUUUAGUGGGCACAUUUCAAGGCUUUGUAAAAUUUUGGAAACUGCAUCCAGAAAGUCUCUGGUCCUUAUUGAUGAAAUUGGAAGUGGGACUGAUCCUUCAGAAGGUGUAGCUCUCUCUGCCAGCAUUUUAAAAUAUAUUGUUGAUCGGGUCAAGUUAGCUGUUGUCACUACCCAUUAUGCUGACUUGACUCAACUCAAAGGUAAAGAUAGUAGGUUCGAAAAUGCUGCAAUGGAGUUUUCCCUGGAGACAUUACAGCCUACCUAUCGGAUGCUUUGGGGAAGCGCAGGAGAAUCCAAUGCCAUAAGCGUUGCUGAAAGAAUUGGCUUUGAUGAGAAGAUAAUUAACCGUGCCCAAGCAUGGAUAAACAAGUUGGCCCCAGAGAAGGUGCAGAUGCAGAAAGGUUUGCUGUACCAGUCACUAAUGGAAGAAAGAAACAGAUUAGAAAUUCAAGCAAAUAAAGCUGCAUCUCUUCACUUGGAUGUUAUGAGCAUUUAUUAUGAGAUAAGAAAUGCAGCAGAUGACCUUGAAGGGCGCGAGGCAACUCUUAAGACAAAGGAAACCCAACAGAUCCAACAGGAAUUGAAGGCAGUGAAGAAAGAAAUUGAAGAUAUAGUGCAUGAAUUUGAGAACCAACUUAAAAAUGCUGAUGCAGAUAAGUACAAUCUGCUGCUGAAGAAAGCAGAGUCUGCAAUUGCAUCCAUUGUUGAAACUCAUCAGCCUACUGAUGGUCUUUCUAUUGGGAAUUCGGACGGUAGGUUGUAUGUACCACAGCCUGGUGAGCAAGUGUAUGUCAAGGGACUUGGGAAAAAGUUGGCUACUGUAAUUGAAGCACCUGGAGAUGAUGACAUGGUCCUCGUCCAACUUGGAAAAGUCAGAGUACGUGUGAAUAAAAACAGUGUAGGAGCUCUUGCAAAUGCUGAUAUUAGUGGUGGAACAGCUUCUAAUCAGGGAGUUUUGAGAAACCUCAAGAGCCUUAGGAGCUUCUCCAAAAUGAGCAAUAGUGAGGAGGUUUCCUAUGGACCUGUGUUUCAAACAUCCAAGAAUACAGUGGACUUACGAGGUAUGCGAUCUGAGGAAGCUGCUCACUACCUUGAGAUGGCCCUCAAUUCAAGAGGACCAGGUUCUGUUCUUUUUGUCAUACAUGGGAUGGGCACUGGGGUGGUGAAGGAGCGAGCAUUACAGAUACUGAAAAACCAUCCACGUGUUGCCAAGUUUGAGCAGGAAAGUCCUCUGAAUUACGGUUGCACAGUUGCUUAUAUAAAGUGAAUGUUCUUCCAUCCCAUUUAUGAAAUGAAAUUUUUUUGCCCCUCCUUU